UGCGCAGUGCGCUUUCUGAAGUUUGGAGUGAUUCGUGGAAGUUUUAGAUUUGGAGGAAAAAAAAGCCCUGCUGAAAAUCGCUAACUUGUAAAAUGGCUUUUCGCAGGAGAAACAAGAGUUAUCCUUUCUUCAGCCAAGAGUUUCUCAUUCAGAAUCACGCGGACAUUGUGUUCAGUUUGGUGAUUUUCAUUUUGAUUGGACUGAUGUUUGAGACAACAGCGAAAACAGCCAUUUUAUUUAUCCAGCCUCAGUAUAACAUCAGCACCAUGAUCGCAGAUGAAGAGGUAUCUCUGUAUCUUUAUGGAUGGAAAGACUGUGCCACUGUCAUCUUCUAUCUUUGUAUCACCAUCAUCCUUCAUGCAGUGGUGCAAGAGUAUGUGCUAGAUAAAGUAAACCGCCGUCUUCACUUGUCGAAGAGUAAAAACACAAAGUUUAAUGAAUCUGGGCAGCUGUGUGUGUUUUAUCUUGUGUCCAGUUUAUGGAGUCUGUAUGUCAUCGCCACAGAGGGAUACCUUCUGCAUCCCAGCAGCCUUUGGGAGAAUUAUCCUCACGUUCACUUGAGGUUUCAGGUGAAGUUCUUCUACCUCACACAGCUAGCGUACUGGCUUCACGCACUACCUGAGCUUUACUUCCAGAAAGUGAGAAAGGAGGAAAUCCCGCGUCAGCUGCAGUACAUUAGUCUUUAUCUCUUACACAUUCUGGCUGCAUAUCUGUUAAACUUGACGCGGGUCGGGCUGGUUUUGCUGUUUCUGCAGUAUCUUUCGGAGAUGGGUUUCCAUCUGUCUCGACUCUUUUACUUUAUUGAUGAAAACCACCACAAAAUGUUUGAGAUGUGGUCCAUCGGGUUCGUCCUGACCCGGAUGAUCACUCUGACUCUGAUGUUCCUGGCCGUGGGCUUCGGUUUGGCUCGUUCGGAAAACCAGACUUUUGAUUUGGAGGCAGGAAACUUCAACACCGUUUCUAUAAGGCUGCUGGUGUUGCUCGUGGUGUGUUUCACUCAAUCAUGGCUGCUCUGGAAGUUCUUCCGUUUCCAGCUGAGCCGAACGCGUGAGCUGAGACUGGAGCAGGCGGCCCGGAAGAGAGCGGCCGCUAAACAACAGACGCAGCGCACUCUGAAAGUUGGUCACCAUGAGAAUGGACUGAUUAAAGCAGAGAACGGCACAUCCCCUCGUCUCAAGAAGAUCAAAACGCCCUAAACUUCAGCCUCAUUCCAGCACAUGGCCUCCACACAUCGAGGGCACGGGGACAGGAAACCGCUCAUCUGCUGCUUCCUGUUUCCACAUCAGAGAGAAGUGCAUGUGACGACAGCACCCUCAACAGGCUCUGGUCAACGUACUAAACUUCUCUUUCCAGUUUCAGUAUUCAUGUUAUUUCUUCCGCAUAUGUUUCUGAACUUCACUCAGUCUUUCUUUAUUAAAGCGCUGUUUUGAGUUUA